AUGGCGUCCAGCUUUAAGAAGUCGCAUGUGGCGUCUGCCAGCCAGAGAAGAAAGGUGGGUCCAAAGCCCGAACUCACUGAAGAUCAGAAGCAAGAAGUUCGGGAAGCAUUUGAUCUCUUCGAUGCCGAUGGCAGUGGGACCAUCGACGUGAAGGAGCUGAAGGUGGCCAUGAGAGCGCUGGGCUUUGAGCCCAGGAAGGAGGAGAUGAAGAAAAUGAUCUCCGACGUGGACAAGGAAGGCACAGGGAAAAUCAGCUUCAAUGAUUUCUUGGCCGUGAUGACACAGAAGAUGGCUGAGAAAGACACCAAAGAAGAAAUUCUGAAGGCUUUCAGGCUCUUUGAUGAUGAUGAAACCGGGAAAAUCUCCUUCAAAAACCUAAAGCGUGUGGCCAACGAAUUGGGGGAAAACCUCACCGAUGAGGAGCUGCAGGAAAUGAUUGACGAAGCUGAUCGGGAUGGAGACGGCGAAGUAAACGAGGAAGAGUUUCUUCGGAUCAUGAAGAAAACCAACCUUUAUUAA